UCACCUUCUGAAGUAGGACAAGGCACUAGUAUCUAUAAUUUUUUUCCAACAAUUAAAGAUGGAUAAGGUACUAGCAACUAAGUUAUUGUAACCAAAAUUUGAAAAUAACACCUAAUUUCAUUCUCUUCCCACCAUCUUAAAAAGCCCCCUUAACCCCUCUUUACACAUCAAUCACUUGUGCAAGCACCUUCUUGCUUGAGUUGCGUCAAUUUUUCACACUUUCUCGGAGCAAUUUAGGCUAUCACUUUUCAAGAUGGAACACUAUCUUUUCUCAUUUUCACUUCUUCUGCUCAUCCUCCAUUGCACCAACACACUUUCCCAGUCACCAGCCUCUGCACCAGUAGCUGCUCCAGCACAGGCACCAACACACCGCCCAUCUCACCGCCCACACAGCUCCCCUCCGCCACCUGGCCCGGUAGACGUCAUCCAAAUCCUCCUAAAGGCCGGCCACUUCACAGCCUUCGUCCGCCUUAUAAAGGCCACCCAUGUGGAUACUCAGUUAACUUCCCAACUCAACAGCUCAACCGAUGGUAUAACCAUCUUUGCCCCAACCGAUGCUGCAUUUUCAAACCUUAGAGCAGGCGCUCUGGGGUCUCUAAACGACAGAGAAAAGGUGGCGUUUCUGCAGUUUCAUAUAUUACCCAGGUUUCUCUCAACUUCCGACUUCCAGACUCUGAGUAAUCCAGUAAUGACAUUGGCAGGAUCCGAUAGUCGGUACCCAAUGACCAUAUCCACCACUGACAGUUCAGUGACUAUAAAUACAGGACUCACAAAAACAAGUCUAGCUAACACUGUAUACACUGAUAAACAGGUUGCUAUUUAUGAGAUUGACAAGGUUCUUCUUCCUAAAUACCUUUUUCCACCGGCAGCUGCACCGGCACCGGCGAAGCCAGCAGAGAGUCCUGAAAUUCCUAAAGAUGUUUCUGGAGCAAUUAGCUCUGUUUUGCAUUAUAAUUGGGCAGUGGUACUUGGAGUUGUCUUAGUUACUGCAACAAUGUUCUCUUUGUGACACCAAGAUGUGGGGGUGGAGUGAGUCUCUCUUUAUUUAUUUUUUUUCCUGGUUUAUUAUGAUUUUGAUGGGUUGCAAUAUUGAGCAGUGGUGAUCAUCAACAAGUGAGUACGUGCUUUUUCAAUCAUUUCUUUAUGUAUCAUUACUGUUUCUGAUUAAGAUUGAAUUGGAAUUUGGAAGUUUUCAAAUAUGAGACGAAAAUAUUGGAUUGAAUAA